UCUUUCUCUCACUCUAUUUUGGCUUCGUAUUAUUUGCACAUAUUUCUAUUUCCCACUCUCUUUUUUGCUCUCAGUUAACAACAAAAUCCGUAAAUGGCUACCACUGCUUCUCCAAUGGCGACUCAGCUGAAGAGCAGCUUUACGUCGUCUGUUACAAGAGGACUGGUAGUCCCCAGGGGCAUUUCGGGAUCCCCGUUCAAAGUAUCUUCCGGAAAGACCAGGACCCCUUGCUUCACUGUCAAAGCUGUUCAAUCCGACAAGUCAACAUUUCAAGUAAUCCAACCCAUCAACGGCGAUCCCUUCAUUGGAAGCCUGGAGACUCCAGUCACCUCAAGCCCCUUAAUUGCAUGGUACCUUUCCAACCUCCCAGCCUAUAGGACGGCAGUGAACCCACUUCUGAGGGGAAUCGAAGUGGGUCUGGCUCACGGCUUCCUCCUGGUUGGUCCAUUCGUUAAGGCCGGCCCUCUAAGGAACACUGCGGUGGCGGGUCAAGCUGGGUCCUUAGCCGCUGCUGGUCUGGUUGUGAUCCUCAGCAUUUGCUUGACGAUGUAUGGCGUUGCAUCGUUCAAAGAAGGUGAGCCAUCGAUAGCACCGAGCCUAACCCUGACUGGGAGGAAGAAAGAGCCAGACCAGUUGCAAACGGCGGAUGGAUGGGCUAAGUUCACUGGAGGGUUCUUCUUUGGUGGAAUCUCUGGUGUCACUUGGGCUUACUUCCUCCUGUAUGUCCUUGACCUUCCUUACUACUUUAAGUAGAGCAUCAUUUGAUCUAUGUUUUACUUGGUCCCUUUUUUAAUGUAAAUCUUUGUAUCCAGGACGAUCCUUUGGGAACGAAUAUCAAUUAUAUCAAGUGAUUGUCACUCUAAUUUUAAGUUAUUUAUUGAAAGAGAUAUUGCAUGAA